AUGCCGGACGUUAUACGCGACGACGAUGACGCGUGGCGCCUGGAUGUGCGCGUCGCUGUCAAGGCCCAGAUCCAGGCUCGCGUUGCCUCCAAGCUCCAAGACCGCGACCUCCUCAACCCUUUCGACGAAGCGUUUGCAAAGGAGCCGCUGCACUGCCAUAUCUUGCACACGGCGUGCGAUAUCCUCAAUAGUUGCUUGCAUGCCUCGUCCAUGGACACGAUGCCGGUGCGUAUGCAGCUUGAGAUUGCCCAUCGUCUUCUUGCCAAGGAGGUAGAGCGCGUGCCGUCGCAAGACGAAGCCCGCGUCGCCAAGGCGCGCCUGCGCCCGCGGCGUCUCCGUUCGACAGCUUGA